CUGAAAUGGAGAGAAUUUGGUCAUUUAGAAGCCCCACCCUGCGGAGCUCCGUUCCGUGGGUAAAUGACACAAACACCCAUGCUCCCUUGCUCAAAUCAGAAAAAGGCUUGGAUGGUUAGAACUUACAAAGCCGUAGUUAGUCGGAGGCAGAGGCCAAAAGACAGCGACUUGUUAGUUUCCUUUUCGCUUGAAAAGCAACCAUAAAGGAAAAACCUCCGAUCUCUCAGGAAAUAACCGGAAGAUAUUCAUACGAAUACAAUACAGACAUUAUCGAUUAUUUUUUAUAAGUGAAAAAGAAUUGCGUGCGAUUGGAAGUUCUCUAGGGUUUCUAAGUUGAGCCUUUUCUUUUGAAUAUCGUUGGUUUCUUUUAUCGUCCUUGGUGAUAUGUUCACGCCGCAAAGGAAGGCGUGGCCUCGACUGCCGCUAAAGCCUCCCACUGAGCCAGCGGCGGUUUCAAACACUAGGACUGGAGGCAUUGACGGGAAGGGAAAAGCCGUUGCCUUUGUGGAUGAUCGUAGGAAACUGCCACCGCCGCCUGUUGUUUCCCUUAGCGGCAAGAGGCCGCUGAAUUUGGGGUUGGAAGAGGAGGACAUGGAGGACUGGAGGCGGCUCCAGGAAGCUGGUUUGUUAGACGAAGCGGCCUUGGAAAGGAGGGACCAUGAGGCCCUUCUAGAAAGGCUCUCCAAGCUUGAAGGGGAGCUUUUUAACUACCAGUAUAAUAUGGGGCUUCUCCUCAUUGAGAAAAAAGAAUGGGGAUCAAAGUGUGAAGAAUUAAAGCAAGAACUUGCUGAAGUGGAGGAGAUCCUCAGACGUGAGCAGUCUGCACACUUGAUUGCCUUAUCGGAAGUUGAAAAGCGAGAGGAGAACUUAGCAAAAGCCUUAGGUGCUGAGAAGCAGUGUGUGGCUGAUCUUGAAAAGGCAUUGCAUGAUAUUCAAGAAGAACAUGCCCAGGUCAAGCUUAGUUCUGACACAAAGUUGGCUAAUGCGAAUGCAUUGGUUGCUGGAAUUGAAGGAAAAUCCUUUGAUUUGGAAGAAAAGCUUCGUGAUGCUGAUAAUAAGCUUGCAGAGGUAAAUAGAAAAAGUUCAGAAUUGGAAAGCAAACUGCAAGAGAUGGUGGUCCAUGAAAGUGUGCUUCAAAGAGAGCGCCUUUCCUUAGUUACAGAACGAGAAGCACAUCAGGCAACUUUUAACAAACAGAGGGAAGACUUAAAUGAGUGGGAAAAGAGACUAAACAAAGGAGAAGCGAGGCUGACUGAGCUUAGGAGAAUACUCAACCAGAGGGAGGAACAGGCAAAUGAGAAUGAAAGGCUUCUCAAGAAGAAGGAGAGUAGCCUUGAAGGGCUGCAAAAUAAUAUCGAUUUAUCCACAUUGAAGUUAAAGGAGAUGGAAGAUGAUCUAAGCGAACGUUUUGCAGACUUGGUUUCAAAGGAGAAGGAAGCUGACGCCAUGAGAAGUACCCUAGAGGCAAAAGAGGAGGAUCUAGUUGCAUUAGGAGAAAUGCUUGCUGCUAGAGAAAGGGUGGAGAUUCAGAAACUUGUUGAUGAGCAAAGGGUUAUUCUGGAUGCUAAAAUGCAAGAGUUUGAAUUGGAACUAGAAGAAAAGAGGAAAUCUGUUGACAAGGAACUAGAAAGCAAGGUACAUGAAGUGAACCAGCAAGAAGCUGAAAUUAACCACAAGGAAGAAAAGUUGAGAAAGCAAGAACAAGCACUGGAUAAGAAGUCGGAGAGAGUGAAGGAGAAAGAAAAGGACCUUGAGGUGAGGUUGAAAACAGUCAAGGACAAAGAGAAGUUUCUGAAAAUUGAGGAGAAAAAGUUGGAAUUGGAAAAGCAACAACUGUGUUCUGCUAAGGAGAGCUUACAGAUUCUCAAAGAUGAGAUUGAUAAGAUAGGGGCUCAAACUAGUCAGCAAGAGUUACGGAUUCGUGAAGAGUCUGAAAAACUUAAAAUAACUGAAGAGGUGAGGUCUGAACACAUCCGUUUACAGUCAGAAUUGAAGCAGCAGAUAGACAACUGCAGACAUCAGGAGGAGUUGCUUUUGAAGGAACAUGAGGAUCUGAAACAGCAAAGGGAAAAUUUUGAGAAAGAGUGGGAAGCUUUGGAUGAAAAGAGAGCUGAAAUCAUUAUGCAACAAAAGGAAAUUGUUGAAGAAAAGGAAAAGUUUGAAAAGUUGCUAUAUUCAGAGGAAGAAAGGUUGAAGAAAGAGGAAUCUGCUAUGCAAGAUUAUAUUGGUAGGGAGAUGGAAUCAAUAAGGCUGCAGAAAGAAUCUUUUGAAGAUACAAUGAAGCAUGAGAAGUCAGUUUUAUUGCAAGAAGCUCAGAAUGAGCAGAUUAAAAUGCUUCAAGAUUUUGAACUGCAGAAAAUGAAUCUUGAAACUGAUAUGCAGAAUAGGUUGGAUCAAAUGCAGAAAGAUCUGCAAGAAAGGAUUGUUGCAUUUGAGGAGGUGAAGGAGAGAGAACUUGCUAAUAUGAGAUGCUCAAAAGAAGUUGCUGAGAGGGAAAUGGAAGAAAUAAGGUCUGUGAAGCGUGCUGUAGAAAGGGAAAAACAAGAAGUUGCAAUUAACAGGGAUAAGCUGAAAGAGCAGCAGUUAGAUAUGCGAAAGGACAUUGAUGAACUUGGUCUGCUUAGCACCAGGCUCAAGGACCAGCGGGAACAGUUUAUUCGCGAAAGACGUAGCUUCCUUGAAUUUGUUGAGAAGCUCAAGUCUUGUAAUUACUGCGGAGAAGUAACGAGGGACGUUGUACUCUCUAACUUCCAACUUCCUCAUGCGGAGGAUAGGGAAAUCCUUCCUCUUCCACAAAUAGGUGAUGAAGUCAUAAGGAAUCAUCUAGGUCAUUUAGAUGGUUCCGGUGUUAAAAAUAUCAAGAGAUCUCCUGAAGCUGAUGCGCAAUUUCCAGAAUCUGCCAGGAGCAUUUCCUGGCUUCGCAAAUGUGCUACGAAGAUUUUUAGCAUUUCACCAACUAAGAGAAAUGACAGUCAAGCUAAAGGGCCCGAUGCGCUUACCACUAAGGAAGCAGGUAUAAAUAUUCAUGAAGAGGCAGGAGAGCCAUCUUUAAGGAUUUCAGGUGACCCUAUCCAUAAGCAAUUGCUCCAAUCUAAUACAAUUAGAGAGGUGGACGAUGGAUCUGGUCCAUCCAUUGAUCAUAGCUAUGUCGACAGUAAGGUGCAAGAAGUUCCUGAAGAUUCUCAGCAGUCAGAGCAGAAGAGUGGUCGCCGCAAACCUGGAAGAAAACCUAAAACUGGACUGAAUCGGACAUGCUCGGUGAAGGCUGUAGUAGAAGAUGCAAAACUAUUACUUGUUGAAAGCCCUGAAGAACCUGAACCCAGUGAGAGUGUGCAGCCACAUGAAAUCAGCCAUGUCAAUGAAGAAAGUGUGGGUGUUUCUAGUCAUACUGACAAGGAGGCACGAAAUAAUUCAAGAAAACGGCAACGCCCUCAAAAUUCCAAAGUUACUGACAGUGAGUUGGAUGCUGCAGAGAGUGAAGGACAUUCUGAUAGUGUCACAGCUGGUCGGCGAAGGAAGAGGCAACAGACAGUGGCUCUAGGCCUGCAAACCCCAGGAGAAAAACGAUACAAUCUCAGGCGACCCAAGACUACAGUUACAGCCAUAGCGGCACAAGCCUCGUCUGAUGUCGUGAAGACUAGGAAGGAACCUGAUGGUGGUGGUGUGGCAGGAGGCGCUUUGGAUACUGAGAACAGAAAACCUAAUUUAAAGCAGGUCACAGCAUUGAAGAAUGUGGAGAUAUUAGAAAGCAACCCGGUUAGGUUGAAAACAAGUGUGGAUGUUGAUGACAACUACAAUGCAGCAAAGUCAGUUGGGAUUGUGGAUUUGCAGGAAAAAGUAAAUGGUACAUGUGAAAAUGGUGAUGAAGAUCAGAGUGGGAGUACAAUCGAUGAGGAUGAGGAUGAGUUUGAUGAUGAGAUAGAACAUCAGGGUGAAGUCUCAAUAGGAAAGAGAAUCUGGACGUUCUUUACCUCAUGAAGGCUUCCCCCAAUUUUCUUACACUUUCUUCUGAGACCGUAGGUGACUCACUCAUAUGCUUAAUGCAAGACUUGACAUAACGAGUGUGUGUAACUAGGAAGCUUUAGCUUCGGCUUCAGAGCUUUGCAUUGUAUCUUAAUCUUUUCCUAUAGUUUAUAUAGGAGUAUUUCCUGUGGACGAUUCCCUAGGAAGGUGAUAUGCAAGUGGUUACAACAAUUUCUAGGCCAUUUUGUUUGUAUACUAGAUUCAUUAUCAUGUUUCCACUUUCAAGUAUUAGGUGCCAUAGUUUUGCGUCGUUUUUAUCAUUACAUGUAAUGAAAUUACCGGAGAUCCUACAUAUGCCUUCUUCCCAUUUACUGAAAAUUAUAUCAUUAAAAAA